GACAGUUCAUCUUUCUUUGCCAUGCGGUCAGGUCCGUGAAGUGGUCGUGCUUGUUUACAUCCACAGCACGGGAAAAGUGUUUUAUUUCGGGCCGAAAAGAUGGUGCGCCACAAUAACCAGCUGCCGGACAAUUUGCCCCAGCUGCAGAAUCUUAUCAAGCGCGACGCGGAAUCAUAUCGCGAUGAGUUCCUGCAGCAGUACCAUCACUUCCACAGCGUGCUGGACAUCUUCCGGCUUGAGCCGGACAAGGAGAACAAGAGCCUGUGCGAGUCGAUCAUGUUCCUGGCCCAGGUGGCCCAGUGCUAUCUGGAGGAGCUGAAAACGUUCCCCCAAACGCUGGUGGACCUGCUGAAAACGCACUCCACCACGCUCGAUCCGGAGAUGCGGAACACUUUCUGCCGGGCGUUGAUUUUGCUGCGCAACAAGAACCUCAUUUCGCCGCUGGAUCUGCUGGAACUGUUCUUCCAGCUGCUGCGCUGCCCGGACAAGGCGUUGCGUACCUUUCUCGAGAAUCACAUCAUCAACGACAUCAAGAAUAUGAACGCAAAGCAGAAGGACAUGAAGCUUAACUCGACGCUGCAAAAUUUCAUGUACACAAUGCUGCGGGACACGAACCCGAAGGCGGCCAAGAUGUCGGUCGACAUCAUGAUCGAGCUGUACCGGAAGCAGGUCUGGAACGAUGCAAAAACGGUGAACGUGAUCGCGAACGUGGGCUGCUUUUCGAAGCUUACGAAGGUGUUGGUGGCUUCGCUGAAGUUUUUCCUCGGAACGGACCAGCAGGCGGACGACGAGGACGACGACGACGACAGCGACCGGGAGGUGGACCUCAAGGGUAUCAUGAUGGCAGCGAAGGUGAACAAGAAGACGAAGAAGCGCAAGAAGAAGGUCGAAGCAGCCAAAAAGCUGUACACGCAGGCGCAGAAGAAGAAGAAGCGGCCGGUGGCGUUCAACUUUUCGGCUAUCCAUCUGAUCCACAAUCCGCAGGGCAUGGCGGAAAACUUGUUCAAACAGUUGCAGGACGGCAACGAGCGGUUCGAGGUGAAGCUGAUGCAUCUGGACGUGAUUUCGCGGCUGAUCGGCAUUCACGAGCUGUUCCUGUUUAGCUUCUAUCCGUACAUUGCGCGAUUUAUCCAGCCCCAUCAGCGUCAGGUCACCCGUAUACUGCAGUUCGCUGCACAAGCUUCCCACGAGCUGAUUCCACCGGAAAUCAUUGAACCGGUGAUAAAAACGUUGGUAAACAACUUCGUGACCGAGCGCAACUCGAGCGACGUCAUGGCGAUCGGUUUGAACGCAGUCCGUGAAAUUUGUGUCCGCUGUCCGCUGGCCAUGAACGAGGAUCUGCUGCGCGAUCUGACGAUGUACAAGAACUACAAGGAAAAGUCGGUAAUGAUGGCGUCGAAGGCGCUGAUCAUGCUGUACCGCGAGCAGAUGCCGACGCUGCUUUCAAAGAAGGAUCGAGGCCGACCGACGGAAGCGAGUGUCGAGAUCAAGCCCAAGCGGUACGGUGAGGUGGUCGCUGCCGAAUAUAUCCCCGGUACGGAGGCAUUGUUGCGGGAGGACGCACCGGAUCUGGAGGGAGCUGGCGAUGCAGAUGAUGAUGACGAUGAUUCGGACGGUGACGGGUGGGUGGAUGUGGACAGCAGCGAGGAUGAAACCGAUGCUGUGCUGCGCGAGCAACGCAACAAGAAGGGUAUUACGAUGAUAAAAUCUGCCAAGCCUAAGAACGCUGAGCAAGAUGACGAUGAGAGUGAGGAGGACGAUGAUGGGGAAGAUGACGAGGACGAUGAGGACGAUGAGUCGGAUGAGGGUGAGUGGGAAGACUGCAGCGACGAGGAGGAAGAGCAGGAAGAAAAGGCAGUCGAGGCUCCGAAGCCGAAAAAACAGAGAGGAAAGAAGCGUCGUGCAAAGAAAAUUCCCACAGUCACCAAGGCCAGCGCAGCAGCACCGGAAACGCCGUCCGCUGAACCGGAACCGGCCCAAGAAGCUGGUGAACAAACGCUCAAUACGGCCGAAGCAAUGCAGGAGCUGGCGCUGACGAAAAUCUUUACCGAUGCCGAUUUUGCCCGUAUCGAGCAGGAGCGCGUGAAGAAGCAGCUUACGCACCACAGUCGCAAGCGGCAGCUGGAAACGGAACGUAGCGAGUUCGUCAAGCUGGACGCAAUCGAGAUGAUUUACAAGCGACGCAAGGCGGACAAGCAGGCGCGCGUGGAAAGUAUACAGAAGGGUCGGGAAGGUCGCGAAAAGUUUGGCUUCAAGGAUAAUCGGAUGAAUCCCCACUGUUCCAAGACGAACCGAGAAAAGCAGAAGAAUAAGAACUUUUCGAUGAUUCGUCACAAGGUACGGGGCAAGGUGAAGAAGUCGUUCCGGGACAAGCAGGUAGCGCUGAGAAAGCAUCUGAUGCAUGUAAAGAAGAUGAAAUAAAGUUUACAUUGUCGGCAAUUACUUUUCUCGAUGAGUAAU